AUGCGAUACAGCGUCGUCGCCCCGGCUCUAUGCCGAUCCGUCCUUCGGAACCAACGGCUCCGCGCCCAAGUGUGCGAGCGCGGCGUGAGGAAGCUCUCCAGCAUCAAGACGGCGCCGACAUUCGAGGAGGAGAAAUGCCGCAACUAUGACCCCAAGGACUUUUAUCCUGCUCGCAUCGGCGAUACCCUCAACAGCAAGUACGAGCUCGUGUCGAAGCUGGGAUGGGGUACUGGCUCGACUGUCUGGCUGGCGAGGGCCAUGCACUGGCUCCCAUGGCAGAACGAACACCAUGUCGCACUAAAGAUCACGAAUAACACACCCACUGCGCAGGCCGCUGCGCGUCGAGAGCUAGACAUCUCGGACCAAAUGUUCACGGCGGAGACGACACACCCCGGCCGACAGUACGUCCGCAGUGUUCUGGACUCGUUCGAGGUCGAGGGACCUGAUGGCACACACAUCUGCAUGGCGUUUGAACCGCUGCGCCAGCCGCUGUGGAUGUUGGGCCAGCAGAGCGGCCUCACCAACCUGGUGCAGCCGCGCACAAUCAAGGCCCUGCUGCCGAGCAUUCUCAAGUCUCUGGAUUUCCUCCACUCCGAAUGCCAGGUCAUUCACACUGACCUCAAGGGCGAUCAUUUCAUGGUCCCGUUCGAGGACGCCAAGGUCCUAGAAGACUAUGUAUACCGCCAACAGGCCAACCCCGCCCCGUGCCAGGAGCGAAACGGCCGCCCGGUUUACGAAUCCCGAUCCAACUUCGGUCACUUGAGGGGAGACAUCGGCUACGUCAAGCUCACCGACUUCGGCUUGGCUGUAAGAGGCAACGUCGCUAACAACCAUGAUAUCCAACCUCGAGAGUACACGGCUCCUGAGGUCAUGCUCAAGGCUGGGUGGUCCUACCCUGCCGAUAUCUGGAACCUGGGGCUUGUGCUUUGGGAGCUUCUGGGAGACAUCAAUCUGCUCAGCGGAAGAGUGCCUGGACACUGCAAGUUCUCCAACAACACUCGUUGGGCUCAAAUGAUUCGGCUCAUGGGUCCCCCUCCCUCUGAGCUUCUCGCACGGGCCGACAGGGAAGCGCUCUCCAGAUUCUACGACAACCAAGGAGUCUUCAAGCACCCCGAACUCAUCCCCGACGAGAUGUUCACCCUCUCUAACUCGACACCGAUGCUGGAAGGCCAAGAAAGGGCAUUAUUUAUCAACUUUGCCAAGAGGAUGUUGACCUGGCUGCCAGAGCAGCGCGCCACCGCCAAGGAGUUGCUGGAUGACCCGUGGCUGAAGUCUGUAGGGAGACACAGGGCGGCUGGUUUUGGAUAUCUUGAGGACACUAAACUAACUUGA